AUGAUAUUCAAUGAAUUAAAAGAUAUUAUUAAUAGUGAUGUAAAUAUAUUAUGUAAAGAAGGUGGUAGUACAUUUCAAAGGAAAAAGGCAAUUGAAAGAUUACAAAAGUCAAUUGUCGACAAUGCAGAUCUCUAUACAAACGAUCGAUCACACCAAAUCGAGCUGAUAGAAUGUCUUUCAUCGUGUCUAUUGACGCUUCUUCAAGAUGGUCUUGAACGAUCUAGAAUGUUUAGCAUAUCGAUGAUGACCCAUUUGGCAGUCUCGACUGAGCCAGGCUUGUUUGUCACAACGAUGUUCGAUCGACGUCUUCUCUUGCAACUCGACAACCAACUAGCAAAAGAAGAAGUAGAGGAAGUUAGAAUCAACAUAAUCGAAUUGAUAGAUACACUUAUCACCAAAAAUAACAACAACAACAACAACAAUAACAAUUCAAUAGAUCAACAACUACUAUCAGCAUAUUGUGAACAAUUUGUUGUUAUUUUCAAGCGUGCUCUUACCGAUCGUAAUCACCAACAGAUCGAACUGACAACCGCAACAAUCAUUCAUCUUACCGAGAAGAUACCGACGCGAAUGCUAUUGUAUACGGGUCAGCUGGUACCGAGCUUAAUCAACAACCUAGCGGAUCGUCAUCAAAAGAUACGAUCACUAUCGUUACAGGCAUUGACAGUGUUUGUCAGCAAGUGUGGAGCUAUCAAGAUGAUCGAUGCAAUCGAACAGCAUCUUACAGCGUUGGCGAUCGACCACUCUCCAGCCGUGCGAAACACUCUUGCUACAUCUCUACAACACUGGAUGUGUAGCGAUGUUCGUUCAUCGUUUCGUCAACACAAUGCACUCCUAUUGAACUGUCUACUCUCACUCUGUGCAUCCGACAUUCCCAACGUAUUAGAAUCAUCUCACCAAUCGCUAUCAAACAUUGCACAAAUAUGUCUAAAAGAAGAGGUAGAAUCAGAUGAACAACAAGAUAAAGAAACAACAGCAACAAUCGAUAUUGAUUCAAUUAUAAAAUCAUUGAAUCUAACAUGGUAUCAAUCUAAUACAAUGGCAAUAGACGAGAGAUCAAAGAAAUAUCUACGACAGAAUGCAAAGAAGAUCAUGAGAUAUUACUAUUCAAACUUUCACAACAAUGAAUUGGAUCCAAACUCCAGAGAGAUUAAAGUGGGAAUAUUAGUCUAUGCUACCGUUCAUCGAUGCCAUUCUACAGGUUCUUUCAGUGGAGGAAAACGAUAUGAUACCGUCUAUUCAGCUAAAGAUAGUCGAGAUAUGCAAGCUGUACCAACAACAACAGCAAUCAAUGACAUCGUAUUGCUUAAUCUAUUACAAACACAACUACAGUUACUUUAUACAGAACAAUCUAAUCGUUGUCAAUCAACUUCUCUCGAGAUAUUGACUAUUGUUUCCAUGAGAUUCAACAAAGCUAUUCAUAGUGGCACUCCUAAAUCAAUCAAUUUAAUUACAAGACUAUUAAUUCUAUUGGAUAUAUCAUUAUCUUUAUCGACGUCAGUUGAACAAUUAAAUCAAAUAUCUCAAAACAUAUCAACUAUAAACUAUCAGCAGUUCAUAGAUAAUAAUACAAAUAUGAUAUUCGAAGAUAUCAUUGGAAAGGAUAUUAAUCAUAUUAAAAGAUAUCCCUCUUAUCUAACAACAUUGGAAUACAUUGUCAUAAAUUAA